AAAAUUUUUCUUUGUGGUCCAAUUUGGUGCAACUUGUAGAGAAUUUUUGUUAAUAACAAUAUAUAACGAUAAAUACUAUACAUGAUAUGGAGAACAAUGUUUAUGUGUAAAAUUUUCGGUAACGAUGAUAUCGACAGUAUCGAUAAAGAGUAAUACUCGAAAUAUCAAUGGACUUUUUUCCUGAUGGUUGUCGUCACUGUACCCAAUUGCUUUCUAAGUUUGGCAUCUCUGCGAAAAAGGCAUGCUUGCUGUCUUGAAACGGCAAUAAAAUGAAAUAAAACGGAAUUUGCAAGGAGAUUUUAACUGUGCAGCGUUUAGGUAGUAAUUUAUGUCCAAAAUUAAUCAAAUAACACGCUAUUUGUUGUCUUCGUCACUAUGAUUAAUAUUAUUUCUACAGACCGAACUUGAACGGCAGCCUUAUUUUUAAUGUUGAAUUUUGGAUGAGAAAUACUUUUCUUUUACGAUUGCUCUAGUGGUUCGUCAGACAAGGUAUUUGCCUGCUACGUCACAUGUUGUGCAAAUUGCUUGAAAGUAGUACAGCAGGAUUCAAAAACUACGUGGUGUUAAAAUUAUUUGGUGCACCUAACCUCACUUUCUCUCUUAUACCAGAAAAAGAAUAUGUCAGUUUAAUCAUUAUAAAGCAGUUACGUUAGCAGUUAACCCAGUCGGUUUAAUUUGCUCAAUAACAUCUAUAUCUGCUGCGUGCGAAGAGAGGGAUGCCACGCAGCAAGCGUAGAGCGCCCUCUAGCACAAAUCACCAUCACACAUCAAUUGAUAUGUCACCUAGUGCCCAUGAAGAGGGUUUACCAAGACAUCCAUCAAAACGAUUGCGCCAUACGUCUGGAGCAAGGCGGUACACAAAAACAGAAGAUGUCUCCAGCGCACCAUCAUUUUCUCAGAAACGAUGUAUAACUUGGUUUAGAGAAUAUACAACACCAGAUGAUUCAGAUACUCUUGGCCCUGAAGGAAUGGAGAAGUUCUGUGAAGACAUUGGAGUUGAACCUGAAAAUGUAGUGAUGUUAGUUCUCGCCUAUAAAAUGAAUGCUCGUCAAAUGGGGUUUUUCACUUUAAGUGAAUGGUUAAAAGGUCUUUCGGAAUUACAAUGUGAUUCCAUAUAUAAAAUACAACAAAAGCUUGAGUACCUCAGGAACCAAUUAAAUGAUCCUCACGUUUUUAAAGGAAUUUAUAGAUAUGCCUAUGAUUUUGCUAGGGAUAAAGAUCAACGUAGUAUGGAUAUGGAAACUGCUAGAGUAAUGCUACAAUUACUUUUGGGAAAGCAUUGGCCUUUGUUUACACAGUUCGCUCAGUUCCUAGAUCAAUCUAAGUACAAAGUAAUCAACAAAGAUCAAUGGUGUAACAUUUUAGAAUUUUCUCGUACAAUCAAUCAUGACUUAUCUAAUUAUGAUUUAGAUGGAGCGUGGCCUGUAAUGCUUGAUGAAUUUGUUGAAUGGUUAAAAAUGCAGAGAGGUGAGGAUGCAUCAUCGACAGAAGCAAGGGGUAGCUGAAACAUUCUAUUAAAAUAGUCCACUAAAGUAAACAACUCAUCUCCGUCACGAUAUUUGUUAAUAAUGAAAUUUUCGUUAAGUUAUAACUCACGGCAUUUUAAUUACCAUCAUUCGUGGUGUACUAUUUUUUUAUUAAACAAUAUUAGUGCAUUGUAAGUAGCUCAUUCUAUAAUUUUCUUUUGCAACAAAUCUUAUGAAGACUGUUUAACAAAUCUUCAUAGAUUUAUUUAGAUUGCUUACCGUCAUUCGCAGUUUAUCGAGAGUUCAUAGCAGAAAUUUUUGCGCUUCAAAAUAAAAUUAUUUUAAUAUAAAAAUUAUUUGUGCAAUUCAUAAGGGAUAAUCGAACAUAUUAAUAAUCUAAAAAGCAACACUAAUUGGCUGUUUCAGCAUUGACUUAAUAUCAUUGUAAAUAUUUUAUUUCCUGAAUAUAAUAUGUGCAACUGCAUGAAUUCAUAUAAACAAAUAAGUAGAAGUAAUUUGUCUAUACAUUUUUAAUAUUUCUGUCUAUAAAUAUAGAAUCCAUACCAAUAUUUUAUUUUAUAAAUUAUGCAGCUAAACCUAUACAUUAUCCGCAACAGUUUUUGAAUUUAAAUAUGUAUAAUACAGUUAGGCACAUCUAAUAAAUGUAUUAACAUUAUCAAGUAGGUUCAGAAAUCAAUUAAGAAAUUUUGCCCGAUACUAGUGCGAUUACAGCAAUUAGUAUUCAAAAGGCAGUACCACAAAGUGUCAAUACAAUGUGCUAUUAACUAAGUAGUUCCUGCGGAUGCUACCUAUAUAAAUGUAAAUUAGUAUAAUGAGCUCUUAUUAAAAUAUCAUAUUUAUUAAAGGCAAUUGAAUUCCGAUUCUUUGGAUCAUUUUUUGAAUAUGAAUGUUAACACCUGCACUUAAUUUGAUUAUUUUAUUAUGGACAGUGGUAUUUAGAGAGAGAGAGAGAGAGAGAGAGGGAGAGGGAGAGAGAGAGUGAGAGAGAGAGAGAAAGGGAGAGAAGGACAGGGAGAGAGAGAAUAAAUGACUGUGAAAUUUGUAAAAAGAAAAAAGAAAAUGUUAUGAUAUCCUGUUUUGAUUCAUAUACUUUAGGAUAAAGAUCAACGUAGUAUGGAUAUGGAAACUGCUAGAGUAAUGCUACAGUUACUUUUGGGAAAGCAUUGGCCUUUGUUUACACAGUUCGCUCAGUUCCUAGAUCAAUCUAAGUACAAAGUAAUCAACAAAGAUCAAUGGUGUAACAUUUUAGAAUUUUCUCGUACAAUCAAUCAUGACUUAUCUAAUUAUGAUUUAGAUGGAGCGUGGCCUGUAAUGCUUGAUGAAUUUGUUGAAUGGUUAAAAAUGCAGAGAGGUGAGGAUGCAUCAUCGACAGAAGCAAGGGGUAGCUGAAACAUUCUAUUAAAAUAGUCCACUAAAGUAAACAACUCAUCUCCGUCACGAUAUUUGUUAAUAAUGAAAUUUUCGUUAAGUUAUAACUCACGGCAUUUUAAUUACCAUCAUUCGUGGUGUACUAUUUUUUUAUUAAACAAUAUUAGUGCAUUGUAAGUAGCUCAUUCUAUAAUUUUCUUUUGCAACAAAUCUUAUGAAGACUGUUUAACAAAUCUUCAUAGAUUUAUUUAGAUUGCUUACCGUCAUUCGCAGUUUAUCGAGAGUUCAUAGCAGAAAUUUUUGCGCUUCAAAAUAAAAUUAUUUUAAUAUAAAAAUUAUUUGUGCAAUUCAUAAGGGAUAAUCGAACAUAUUAAUAAUCUAAAAAGCAACACUAAUUGGCUGUUUCAGCAUUGACUUAAUAUCAUUGUAAAUAUUUUAUUUCCUGAAUAUAAUAUGUGCAACUGCAUGAAUUCAUAUAAACAAAUAAGUAGAAGUAAUUUGUCUAUACAUUUUUAAUAUUUCUGUCUAUAAAUAUAGAAUCCAUACCAAUAUUUUAUUUUAUAAAUUAUGCAGCUAAACCUAUACAUUAUCCGCAACAGUUUUUGAAUUUAAAUAUGUAUAAUACAGUUAGGCACAUCUAAUAAAUGUAUUAACAUUAUCAAGUAGGUUCAGAAAUCAAUUAAGAAAUUUUGCCCGAUACUAGUGCGAUUACAGCAAUUAGUAUUCAAAAGGCAGUACCACAAAGUGUCAAUACAAUGUGCUAUUAACUAAGUAGUUCCUGCGGAUGCUACCUAUAUAAAUGUAAAUUAGUAUAAUGAGCUCUUAUUAAAAUAUCAUAUUUAUUAAAGGCAAUUGAAUUCCGA